AUGGCACUAGCCGUAGGAAUUUUUGUUGCUGGUACUCCGAAAUACAAACAUAGUUUACCAACAGAAAAUAUAAUCGCUCGAUUUUUGGCUAUCAUAUUUAUGAAAGAUAUUGAAGAUGUUCGAACCGUAAUACAUGUUCUAGUCCUAUUUGUACCUUUACCAAUGUUCUGGGCACUGUAUGAUCAAGUUGGCUCUCGUUGGACUUUUCAAGCUUCUCUAAUGGAUGGAUCUUUGGGUGCAUUAGGCACAAUAAAACCUGAUCAAAUGCAGGCGUUCAACAGUUUAUUACUAUUAGCGUUAAUACCGAUUUUUGAAAAAUGGAUUUAUCCAUUUUGUGCAAAAUGUCAUGUAUUUGUCAAACCAUUGCAACGCAUUUUUGUUGGCUUGAUUUUGCUGGCCAUCGCGUUUGUAUGCGCAGCAAUACUUCAAGCAGCGAUUGAGGCGAGGAUAAACGCUAUUCCAGUACGUUAUAAUACAAAACUGUUCAAUACUUUGCCGUGCGUGGCCAGAAUAAAUCAGAAUAGAUCUAUAGAAUCUUAUGGAAUUAUUCAAAUUCCAUGUACAGCAUUAGCAAAUAAGACUCUAUUGUUUGACUCCGAUUGUAAUGGAAAUGGAGAAUAUAUAUUUACUACCAAUGAAAUGUGUCCAUCAGUGAUUGUACUAAGUGGUAACUCACUUACCAACGAAAUCUCUGUUACUCCACUGACAAAUCCAAUAACGAUAAAACGGGGUACAAAAGGUUUUUCUCUUUUACGAGUUGUUUCGCUGGAUGGUAAACAGACAGUUGUUCAAACAAUUCCAAAUAAGUAUACAUUCAAUUUAACAGGAAAAUUGAUUCCUAGCGAAUAUCAAACAGUUUUAGCUGCAAGUUAUCGUAUUAAAACAGUGAACGAUGGACAUAUAUCAUCGGAGAAAUUUGAUUUGGACAAUACAGCUGUGUAUACUGUAUUAUUAUUCGAUUCAAAGGAUGGUGAUUUGCACGGGAGAUUAAUCACAGAUAUUCCAGCAAACACGAUUCAUGUGCUUUGGCAAAUCAUACAAUAUUUUAUUUUAACGUGUGCCGAAAUCUUGUUUUCAAUAACUGGUAUAGCAUUUGCUUAUUCGCAAGCACCUAAACGUUAUAAAACUGUAGUCGCUGCAGCAUGGCUAUUGACAGUAGCUGUCGGUAAUUUGUUUGUUGCUUUUGUUGCCGAAUCGCGUUUAAUUGCGGAUCAGACAACCGAAUUUUUAGUGUUUGCAGCGCUGAUGGUAUUUUGUGCAUUUCUUUUUGGGGUGUUAGCGAUUCAUUAUCAAGAACAAAAUUCGUUUCGAGAAGAAGAAAUAGAUGAGGAUCAACAAUUAAUUAUUAAUGGAGAACAAAGUGUUGCUCUUGAUGAUACAGCACCAAAUACUCGGUGA